AUGCACUUCGCAUUCCCACCUCGCAAGACGUCACAUCCCCCGCCGUAUGCGGCGCGCUCAACUCGCCCAGGCUUCUUGCGCUACUCCCAGCUCCGGAAUCUGCUUAUCCUAGCUGUCGGUGCCGUGGUGACGAUAUAUCUGCUCUCUGGUCCGUCCUCGGGCUCCAGCAGUGUAUCGAUACCGGCCGGCACUCCCAAAGCUGUCGUCGUCACCACUCUCGACCCUUCGCUGAGCGAAUCCUACAAAGCUGCCAUCAAGGCCAACCGAAAGCACUAUGCCGCUAAGCACUCGUAUGCAGCUUUCUUCCCCAACACGACCGACUACCCUCUCGGUGACAACCCUACCUCAUGGUCACUCGUACCUGCUAUGCGCCACGCCAUGGCUCUCUAUCCCCACACUCCCUACAUCUUCUACCUCACCAGCACAGCUCUGAUCAUGAACCCCUCUUUGUCAAUCGAAGACCACAUUAUGGAGCCUCGCCGUCUCGAGUCCCUGAUGCUGGUCGACAAGCCCGUCGUCCCUCCGGAUUCCGUCAUCAAGACUUUCUCCCACCUCAAGGGUGAUCGCAUCGAUUUCGUCCUGUCGCAGGACAACGAAGGCCUAGCCGGCGGUAGCAUGGUCAUCAGAGCAGGAGAAUGGGCCAAGUUCUUCCUCGACUCUUGGUUCGAUCCCCUAUACCGCAGCUACAACUUCCAAAAGGCUGAAGCCCACGCCCUUGAGCACAUUGUCCAAUGGCACGGCACAAUCCUGGCCAAGCUAGCACUCGUGCCUCAACGCAUCCUAAACUCGUACACACAGGGCCCGGCCGAGGGCAUCUACAACGAAGGCGAUUUCGUCGCAAACUUCCACGGCUGCAUCCGCGACGCGAAACGCAACUGCGAGGCAGAGAUGCAACCACUCCUCACCAGGUGGAGAGAAAUCACCGAUCGCGAGCGAUGA